AAAAUCCUAAUCCCAAUAUCGGUCUCGAAGACGCAGUCUCCGGCUCCUUCCGCUCCAACCCCAGCCCCGCCCAUCCGAAAUCGGGAAACCCUAACUCUAGAACUCGCCCGGCCGCCGCCAUGGACCCUGACGGCGACCCGGCGUUCCACCGCAACGAAGCCAUCUCCGCCGUCCAGGAUGUCGACCAGUACUACGGCGACGACGACGACUUCGACGACCUCUACAACGACGUCAACGUCGGCGACGGCUUCCUCCACGCCUCCCACCCGCCGCCGCCGCCGCCGCCGACCCAGCAGGCGCCGCCACCGCAACAGCAGCAGAAACAGCUCCCUCCUCCGCCCCAGCCGACGCAGCAGCACCAGCCUCCGCCCCACUCCCUCCCGCCGCCGCCGCUGCCGCCGCAGGUUCCGCCGCAGCAGCCUAAGGUACACAUCCCUGGCGUGGCCGUCCCUGCUCCUGGUCUCCCUCCCGCACAGCCCAAUCUCCCGCUGCCACCUCAGCCGCCGGCUGCCCCUGGGCCGCCGCCUCCUCAGCACCACCAGAUUCAGCAAGGCGACGGGUUCCACCGCCCUGGAGGGAACUACGGCGGCGGCGCCAUCGUGGUCGGGAACGGCGGUGCAGCAAGCGGGGCCGACGGCCCCGGUGGCACGACGCUGUUUGUGGGGGAACUCCACUGGUGGACGACGGACGCGGAUCUAGAGGCCGAGCUCAGCAAGUAUGGGCCGGUGAAGGAGGUGAGGUUCUUCGAUGAGAAGGCCAGCGGCAAGUCCAAGGGGUACUGCCAGGUCGACUUCUAUGACCCUGGUGCUGCGGCUUCUUGCAAGGAGGCCAUGAACGGGCACCUGUUUAAUGGCCGUCCAUGUGUUGUGGCAUUCGCGUCACCAAACACUGUGCGCCGCAUGGGUGAGGCGCAGGUGAAGAACCAGCAGGCGAUGGCUGCACAGACAUCGUCGAUGCAGCCGAAGGGUGGUAGAGGGGGCGGUGGUGUCGGAGGGCCACAGGUGGGUGGUAAUUAUGGUGGUGGCCGUGGAGGAGCUGGCGGACCUGGUGCCGGUGGUGGAGCAGGUGGAGGUGGCGGAAAUUGGGGAAGAGGUGGUGGAGGGAUGGGGAAUAGAGGUCCUGUCGGUAAUAUGAGGAAUAGGAUGGGCCCAGCAGGUGGCCGUGGGAUCAUGGGGAAUGGGGGCAUGGUUGCACCGCCACCACCAAUGAUGCCGCCCGGGGGGAUGAUGGGGCAGGGUUUCGAUCCUACCGGUUAUGGCGCAAUGGGAAGGAUGGGUGCUGGAUUUGGUGGUUUCCCCGGCGGACCAGGGGCUGUGCCAUUCCCUGGAUUGAUGCAGCCAUUCCCGCCGGUUGUUGCGCCACAUGUUAACCCGGCCUUCUUUGGACGGGGCGGGAUGGGGGCUGGUGGGAUGGGCAUGUGGCCUGAUCCUAAUAUGGGGGGUUGGGGUGGGGAGGAACAAUCAAGUUAUGGGGAUGAUGCAGCAUCUGAUCACCAGUAUGGGGAAGGGGGAAGCCAUGGGAAAGAGAGGCCACCGGAGAGGGAGUGGUCUGGUGCACCAGAGAGGAGGCGUGAAAGGGAGAAAGAUGUUCCUUCAGCACAGGAGUGGCCAGAGAGGAGACAGCGGGAUGAGCGGGACAUGGAUCGAGAGAGGAAUCGUGACUAUGACAGAGAGAGAGAAAGAGAUCGUGACAGGGAGAGAGACAGAGAACGAGACAGAGAGAGGGACAGAGAUAAGGAGAGGGACAGGGAUAGGCACAGGGAUGACAGAGAUCGCCAUGGCGAUUAUCACAGGCACAGGGAGCGCGAUUCAGAGCGAAACGAAGACUGGGACAGGGGAAGGUCAUCUGGGAUGCGCAGCAGGUCGAGGGAGGUCGACCAUUCUAAGCGUAGGAGGAUGACACCUCAGUAGUGUAGCUGGGAGAGCUACAGCUAUUGUAGAGGCAGCAACUAUCCAGGGCAGCGUCUUUCUUGCACACAGGCAUGGUUCAGUAACAGCCAGCGAUUCCUUACUGACUGUAGCUGUGGUGGGUUCUAAUUGCAUGUGUCUUCGGCUAUCUGUUGUAGCAAUGAUUUGAGAUCAACGUGCGAUUGGAAUCUGUUCGGCUACAUGAAGAUUGACUUCCCUGGAUGAUAGCGCUGUCUCUUAUUUUAUGUAUUGUUAAAUUUCUGAAUGGCACAAAGACAUAAGAAUCUAUUAUCUGUAAUGCUCGGGGCUUUGCUUUGCAUCAUAGCUGGAAAGAAGCUGAGACUGUACUAUUUAUGUUGUAGCAUGAUCGACUGACUUGUGUUAUGGCCUUGCUUUGUUUA